AUGUCGCUCAGUCCAGAUCGCGUGUCGUUUUUAAAGCUGAAAACAAGGUCAGUCUUUAAUCGACUUCAGCAUACAUCAGCAGAGAUGAACACCGAAAUGCUACAAGGCAUGGAUGAGUACGGCUUGGCAGCAAUCAUGGAAUCAGUGGGAGAUUUGAAAGCAACAUUCACCGCCGCUCACACCAGCUUGGAGGAAAUGGACUUUGAGUCUAUUGCCAGUGACCUGCCCUGCAAAUUCGAUGCUACAUUAGUGAAACUUAAGGCGAACCUUCAACGAGAGAUUGGGAAACGUAGCACAGGUCAGCACUGCUCGACAUUUAGAGCGAACACUGGUGACUCGCAGUCAAUCAUCGUGAAUGCCAAUCGUUCUCGCUUGCCUUUGCUAAUGCUACCCAAAUUUAGUGGCGCGUACACCGAGUGGAGCAACUUCUUCUCAAUGUUCGCCUCCGUCAUUGACAACGAUGGCGACCUAACGGAAAGCGAUAAGCUGCAAUACCUGCGUUCCUGCUUGAGUGGUGCUGCUUUGGAUACUAUCCAAUCUCUGGAGAUAAAUGAAAAUAAUUAUAAAAAUGCAUUAGAUUUACUCAAAAAACGUUUUGAUAACAAGCGAAUUAUAUUUCAGGCACACAUCAGACAGAUCUUUGGGCUGGACAGGGCAGAUGCAUCCGCAAGCAAGUUGCGGAGUUUGACGGACAAGGUUACAUCACACAUACGCGCGUUGCAGUCGCUUGGGUCACAAGAACAAAUCGCUGACUGCAUUAUAGUUGAACUACUAAUCCAGAAGUUGGACAAGGCUACUCAAUCCAAGUGGGAAGAAAAUUCAUCAAGCAACGAACUGCCGUCGUGGGAUCAGUUAGCUGCAUUUUUGGAAAAGCGGUGUCGUACCCUCGAAAAUGUGGAGCAUGCCAUACAAACCCAAACGGAUCAAGUUGACAGAAACGGUAAAACUGUAAGUACAAAUAAAAGAAAAUCAUUUGUCGUUUCGAAUGCCUCAGUAGGUGGUUGCGCGUUUUGUCGGUGCCCUGAUCAUAGAAUUUACCACUGUCAGCAAUUUUCCACUCUUUCUCCAAAUCUUCGCCAAAAGGAAGCCAAGAAGCUCUCGCUUUGCCUUAACUGUCUAAAGGGUGGCCAUCAAAUGAGAGAUUGCAAAUCUGGACCCUGUAGAGCUUGUCAAUUGAAACACCAUACGCUUUUGCAUUUUGACCGCACAUCUUCUGCUUCAACUUCUAUAUCAGGCCCAGUCACGCAACUACCCACAUUCAAAUCAAACACCAUAGCUGCAACAUCAUCUGUCCCUGGCCAUGCCCUCACUUCGAGAUCUCCAUCUGAUGCUGUGCUUCUAGCCACUGCAGUCAUUUUUGUCAAAAAUCGUGCUGGUACCUUCGUGCCAUGUCGGGCGCUUUUGGAUUCGGGUUCCCAGCUUCACUUUAUUACAAAUCGUUUUACUAAUCAAUUACAACUUCGUAGGACCAAAUAUUCGGCAGCAGUUUCGGGCAUCGGGGAUGCCAACCUGUCAACUGAAGGCUAUUCGGUCAAUGUCGUACUGAAGUCGCGGACUUCAGAUUUCUCAACGCACAUCACUUCCGUCGUUGUUCAAACAAUCACUGACAAUCAGCCUGGUUUUUCAGUGAGCAUCGCGGACUGGAACGUCCCUUCGAACAUCCAACUAGCUGAUCCCAAUUUCAACAUACCUCAGCGUAUUGACUUGCUCAUUGGAGCAGGACUAUUUUUCGAACUUCUCUGCGUUGGACAGAUACAGUUGGCGCCCGGAUUUCCAGUUCUUCAAAAAACUCUUCUCGGUUGGGUGAUAUCAGGUGGUGGUCAACAGACUUCUAAGCUUUCGUCAUUUGUGGCCAAUCAAAGGUCUUCGAGAGACAUCGACUCUGAUACCCGACUAGACGAUUUGGUACGUCGCUUCUGGGAAGUAGAUCACGUUUUUGAGCCAAUCACUAAAAUAACAAGGGAGGAGCUCGACUGCGAGGCGCAUUUUCAGCAAAAUGUUUCGCGUUUACCUUCAGGCGAGUACUCGGUUCGCUUACCUUUGAAACUCGGCACAGAAUCAUUAGGCGAAUCAUACACACAAGCAAAGCGACGAUUUCAGAGCCUUGAGCGGAAGUUAACUAACAAUAUCGAUUUAAAGCUAAAGUACUCGGCAUUUAUAAAGGAGUACCUUGAGCUGAAUCACAUGUCACUGGUCACCAGCGCUGAGGAGCAUGAAUGCAAAUAUUUUUUACCACAUCACUGCGUCGUCAAGGAAGAUAGCUCCACAACAAAGCUCAGGGUCGUUUUUGAUGGUUCUGCUGUCACAACUUCGGGCCUUUCAUUAAACGAGAUUCUAAUGGCGGGGUCGACCAUACAACCCAAACUUUUUGAUAUUCUUAUUCGCUUUCGUACGUUUCCCGUUGCACUUACUGGAGACAUUUGCAAGAUGUAUCGUUGCGUUCGCGUCUCUGCACCCGACAACAUGUUGCAGUGCAUUUUGUGGCGGGACUCCCCUGAGUCAGACAUCAAGGUUUACAAGCUGGAUACGGUUACGUAUGGAACGAAGCCCGCAGCAUUCCUAGCUAUAAGAGCAAUGCAUCAACUAGCCUCCGAUGAGUCCUCGUCUUACCCCUUGGGUUCACAAAUUGUCAAACGCGAUUUUUACGUAGAUGACCUGAUCUCCGGAGGAAAUUCAGUUGAAGAAGUACGCGAGAUGAUGCAUCAAACCACCAGUCUCCUUGCCCGUGGAAAGUUUCAUCUCCGGAAAUGGUGCUCCAACAACCCAGACGUUCUUCAUCACAUUUCUGAUGCAGAAAGGGAAACCUUCCUUAAAUUCGAUGACGGUAGCAAUAUUACGAAAACGUUGGGACUCACAUGGGAUCCUUUUAAAGAUAAUUUGUUGUUUUCCUUAGCGCGACACCUUGGAGGCACCAGAAAUUCUAAACGGUCUGCACUAUCAACAAUAGCUCGCUGUUACGACCCGCUAGGUUUAAUCGGCCCCACCCUGACUAGGGCGAAAAUUCUGUUGCAGCGAAUGUGGAGAGACAAGCUCGAAUGGGACGAGAGUUUACCGCUCUCACUGGACACAGAUUGGUCGGCCUUUUGCAAAGAAUUCACAGAUGUGCAGUAUUUAUCAUUUCCGCGUUACAUAUUGCAGCCUGGAGCCACUCAUGAACUACAUGCAUUUUGCGAUGCUAGUCUCGAAGCAUUCGGUGUUUGUGUCUAUGCGCGUUCAGUCAGAGAUGACAACGCUCAAGUUCAUCUUCUUUGUUCAAAGGCUCGUGUUGCCCCUUUGAAGACGCUAACAGUACCUAAACUGGAGCUUUGUGCCGCCGCCUUACUCGCACAAUUAAUUAACGAAAUAACAAAAUUGAAGCUUUUCGCGAGUCGUUGUUAUUGCUGGUCAGAUUCAUCUGUGGUAUUAUCCUGGUUACAAGAAGAGCCGUCAAAAUUUAACGUAUUUGUCGCCAACCGAGUAUGUGCCAUACAACAACUUACAGAAGGUAUGCAGUGGCGUUACGUCCCCACCUCUUUGAAUCCUGCUGACAUCUUAUCUAGGGGAGCCGCUCCCCGAGAACUCUCACAAUCAAAUUUGUGGAAGCAUGGACCCCCGUUCCUGCAAGAAGAAAUGUGUAAUUGGCCGAAGUCUAUUGUGCCUCAAACUAAACUCCCGGAAGUUCGUCAAAAGGUCCUGGUAUCCAUGAAUAAUCGAAUCGACAUCUCGCUUUCCUUUAAGUACAUCAACUCCUUCACCAAGAUGCAACGCAUAUUUGGAUACGUACACAAGUUCAUCACCACUGCAAGAUCGUUAAAAUCAUCACAUCUUACAUCCGAAAAUAUACAUCUUGGAACUCAACUGCUAAUUCGCAUUGUUCAAAGAGCUCAGCUUUGGCCAGAAUACAUUGCCUUGAAACAAAAUCGAUGCGUACAUUCGUCGAGUAGCAUUUCGUCUCUAUCGCCGUUUCUAGAUGAUUUUGGUUUAGUUCGAGUUGGUGGUCGCCUAAGAAAUUCAACCCUUAGUUUCGAAGCGCGGCAUCCGAUCAUCCUUCCGAAAGAUCACCCAUUAACAUCAGCCAUAAUCAUGCAUUUUCAUAGAAAGAAUUGCCACGCAGGCCCACAGUCAUCACUUGCGGCAAUUCGAAUGCAGUUCUGGCCUAUCGGUGGUAGGAAAACUACUGCGCGUACCCUACAAAAAUGUGUUAUAUGCUGCAGGUCAAAACCAAAACUUUUUGAGCACAUCAUGGCAGAUUUGCCUAAGGAGCGCAUUCAGGCCUCACGAGCCUUCAUCGUCACAGGAGUGGACUACUGCGGUCCAUUUUAUUUCAAACCCGAAACCCGCAACAAGUCACCCCAAAAAUGUUACAUCAGCGUCUUCAUCUGUUUCGCAACCAAGGCCGUGUGGAUGGAGCUAGUGAGGGACCUUUCAACAGGUGCUUUCUUGGAAGCUCUCAAGCGAUUUACGGCAACACGCGGCAUGCCAAGCUGUAUUUGGUCAGACAACGCAACCAAUUUCGUAGGCGCUAAGAACGAGUUGAGGGACCUAAAACGCUUACUCCUAAGCGAAGAGCACCGCAGCAAGGUUCACGUUCACUGCCUCAACAAUGGCUUCGACUGGCGAUUCAUACCACCUCGUUCACCACAUUUCGGCGGCUUGUGGGAAGCCGCAGUAAAAAUGGCUAAACAGCACCUGUACCGCACUCUUGGCUCUGCAAUUCUUAGUUUCGAUGAACUACGUACUUUGGUAUGUCAAAUCUCUGCUAUAAUUAACUCUCGACCUCUUGUACCUCUUUCAGAAAAUCCAGAAGACCUUGAUGUUUUAACUCCAGGUCAUUUUCUUAUUGGCGGCCCGCUUACAGCUGCUCCUGAGCCUAACAUCACUCAUUUGAACUACAAUCGACUCGGUCACUGGCAGCGUGUCACAUACUUCCAACAAUUAUUUUGGAAACGAUGGAGCGAAGAAUACCUCACUCUUCUUCAACAAAGAGCAAAAUGGCGCACCCCUCACCCCAAUGUGCAAAUCAACGAUAUUGUAUGCAUUAAAGAUGAAAAUUCAGCACCUCUUAAGUGGCCUCUUGCGCGCGUCAUCGAAGUCAUUACUGGUGAGGACGGUGUUGCACGAGUAGCUGUUCUACGUACAUCCACUGGCCUUACACGUCGAGCUGUUACUAAAUUGUGCCUCCUUCCGACUAAGGAAUCAGUUGAAAGCCCUGAACUUUCAACGGAGGGGAGGAUGUUGGGAGCAGCACCUAAUUUACAUGACCUAAUUUAAGUAUAGAGUUAAUUGUAUAGUUUUAUUUAAUAAUUUAGUAUUGUAGUCUAACUUAUAAGAUUGUAAUAUUUUUAACUCGUAACACCUGGUCACCCUAAUCCUUGUACUUGUCCUUGAAUUAUAUUAAUACACAUUAUCCUAUAUUUGUCAUUUUCCUAACGUUCGUAUCAACGCAUUCUAUGUACAUACAUUGUAUAUAAGCCGUGCUAAGCAAAUAUUUCGAGACUUGAAGCUCGACAUCAGCUGAGGCCGGUGAACUUAACAUUUUGUAACAAACACACGAACGCGUAAACUCUGUGAAAAAUAAAUUAUA